AUGGCUUCCAUGGGGAUGCAAGUCUUGGGAAUUGCCUUGUCGGUGAUCGGCUGGCUAGGUAGCAUCCUCUGUUGUGGGUUGCCGAUGUGGAGGGUGACAGCCUUUAUAGGCAAUAACAUUGUGGUGGCCCAAAUUAUUUGGGAGGGCCUAUGGAUGGACUGUGUAGUCCAGAGCACGGGUCAGAUGCAAUGCAAGAUCUACGAUUCUAUGUUGGCACUGGCGCAGGACAUGCAAGCUGCUCGGGCUCUGGUAGUCAUUGCCAUCGUGCUGGCCAUCAUUGGCAUCUUCUUCUCCAUCACUGGGGGAAAGUGCACCAGCUGCGUGGAAGAGGAAGCUACCAAAGCCAAGGUGAUGAUCUUCUCUGGAGUCCUCUUCAUCAUCUCCAGCAUCGUGCUUCUGAUUCCACUCUGCUGGACAGCAAACAACAUCAUACGAGAUUUCUACAACCCCAUGAUCCCAGAGAGCCUAAAGCGGGACUUGGGGACUUCUCUCUAUAUUGGCUGGGCUGCCUGUGGCCUGCUGCUCAUCGGAGGAGCGCUACUGUGUUGCAACUGCCCCCCCAGGCAUGAGAAACCCUAUUCGACAAAGUACACAGCAUCUCAAGCAGUGCCAACCAGCAACUACGUCUAA